AUGGUGAUCAAAGUCUUUGUAGCCACAUCUUCGGGCUCGACAGCGAUCAAGAAGAAACAGCAAGAAGUAGUGGGUUUUUUAGAGGCCAACAAGAUUGACUUUCAGCAAAUGGACAUAGCAGGUGAUGAAGACAACAGGAAAUGGAUGAGAGAGAAUGUUCCAGGUGAAAAAAAGCCUCAAAAUGGAAUUCCCCUCCCUCCACAGAUCUUCAACGAGGAGCGAUACUGUGGGGAUUUUGAAUCCUUUUUCUCGGCUAAAGAAGAAAAUAUUAUUUAUUCAUUCCUGGGUCUUGCUCCUCCUCCAGGCACAAAGGAGACUGACAAGUCUGAUACCACGGAUGAAACUGAGGCACACACAGAAGACAAGGGAGAUGAAGAGGCUCGUGAAGAGACUCAGUCUGCUCAGUCAUCAUCAGAAGAUCAACAGGAAAGCAAAGAAGAACAUGCAGAAGCAGGGAAAAGCAGGAAGAGGGAGAAGAAAAGAAGGAGGAGGAGGAGGAGGAGGAGGAGGAGGAAGAGCAAGAAGAGUCUUAGUAUACUUCCCUAUGACACAUUCUUUCUUGAACAGGUUUUCAGGAAGCACAAGCUGGAGCAACCCUGCCAAAGAAAAUAA